AUGUCUAAACCAACUUCUCCGCGCCGCGCGCCACAAAUCCCCCGCGCGCCGACUCAAAACAUACUCCUCUUCCUCAUCGCCUUUCGUCUCGUCAAUGCGUUCGCAGUUCGGACCUUUUUCCAGCCAGAUGAAUACUUUCAGUCACUGGAGCCAGCCUGGCAGAUCGCCUUCGGCCAGGGCCAAGGGGCCUGGGUGACAUGGGAAUGGCGGCACCAACUCCGAUCCUCACUACACCCUCUCUUCUUCGCCGCUCUCUAUAAAGCCGCCGAUUUCCUCGCAUCCGCCCUGAGCGUGUCUCCCGCCACGCGCGCAGAGCUCCUGAUUGCCGCUCCGAAGACAGCGCAGGCCGUUGUGGCGGCAAUUGGUGAUUUCUACACAUGGAAGCUUGCAGUUCGCGUCUAUGGAAAAGAUUCCCGUGGAUCCUGGACAACGCUGAUCGCAACGGUCCUAAAUCCCUGGCAAUGGUUCUGCUCGACUAGGACACUGUCGAACUGUCUCGAAACAACAAUCACCAUUGUCGCGUUGGAACUAUGGCCAUGGCAAUGGUCGGUAGGUCCUACAGCCGGCGACCGCCGCGACAAAAUCACCGGCAAUCAAGUGAGGGGCACGGACCGGGAUCGAAGUGCGAUUCUUGGCCUCCACCAAUGCCUGCCGCUGGCGGCGCUCGCAUGUAUACUGCGGCCGACCAACAUUCUCGUUUGGGCAACCCUGGCUGGCCUCGCUUGGCUUCGGACCUCUUGGUCUCAGCGCAAGAUCCUCAUUUUUGAAGUUAUAGUUUGCGGAUCGGCAAUUCUCGCGGUGUCUUCCGUUGCGGACCGUCUCUUCUAUGGAAUUUGGACUUUCCCACCGCUCAGGUUCUUAUACUUCAACAUCGCGCAGUCACUGGCUGUCUUCUAUGGCAGCAAUGACUGGCAUUACUAUAUCUCGCAGGGUUAUCCGCUUCUACUCACCACUCUGUUGCCAUUUGCGCUUCUUGGUUUAUACCGAACCUUGACGACUCGGAAUUCCACAGUAGGAGACAGUUUGCAGGCGGCGAUCCGAGUGCAAUUGGCGACAGUCUGCCUUCUGAUGCCAUUCGUCCUCUCUUUAAUCUCUCAUAAGGAAGUGCGCUUCAUCUACCCAUUGCUGCCCUGUCUGCACAUCUUAGCUGCGCCGUCUUUAGUGCAGUUCUUUUACCCAGCCAUCUACUCACGAUCAUACCCACUUCAUACUCCCCGCAGGUUGAUUCUCAUCUUUCUCGUGUUUGCAAAUGUGGUCAUUGCACUAUAUACAACUCUCUACCACGCAUCAGGAACACUUAAGGUGCUUUCCUAUCUCCGUCAGCAGCAUCAAGCACACUCGGUGCCAACAACAAAAGGACAAACAAACUCCGUCUCCGAAACCGGAAUAUCUGCCGGCUUUUUAAUGCCCUGCCACAGCACACCCUGGCGUUCUCAUCUAGUCUACCCGACAAUUAACGCUUGGGCCCUUUCCUGCGAGCCACCGAUCGAUCUCAAUGCAACCCAGAAAGCCGUUUAUCGAGAUGAAGCAGACCAAUUCUACGACGACCCAUUCCAAUUUCUACGCCAUGACAUGGCUGGUGGUCUCCGACACCUCCCUCGACGACCAAGCUACACCUAUUCCGCAGAUUAUUCUGUAUCAGGAAAGAACCCCAAUGAGGCCCCACAACAUGAGUGGCCCGACUACCUCAUCUUCUUUGCCCAUCUCGAGCCAACCCUCUACACCAUACUACGCGGCUCCUAUUAUGGCGAGUGCUGGCGCACAUUCAACUCCCACUGGCACGACGACCAUCGCCGUCGCGGCGACAUCGUAGUCUGGUGCCUAGACACGGCAGAGCAGGACGCCUGGCGCUCCAAUACCGAACGCCAACUGCAGCAAAGCCGAGAUAAGCAAUUCGAUCGUAUCGUGGAAGCGUUCAAGAAUGAGGGGCGCAAGCAAAAAAGAAGGGAUGGACAGCUUUCCACGUGUCUUCGAUGCCUUGGUCCGCAUCGCCUCCUUCGUUGUUUGCUUCGUGGCGACAUGCAGUGGAGUCUCUUUUCUCGUCACCUGCAAAAUCAUCGAUUUCUUGGCCUUGGCAUACCCCCUCUCGUUGGGAGAAAGUUGUAG